UGGGAAGGGUCUUUGACCAAAACCAUUAAGCUCGGCUUUUGAAAAGCAUCUUCUACUUUUUGCUCUUUUCAGAAGGGGGUGCGCACCAUUGCAAAGGCAGGUGGGCAGGGACGUGCGCUUUGUCCAUUCCUUGCCUUCUUGCACUUGAGUACUACAUUUGCCAAGCCAUAACCCGAGGACAGCCAUAGCGAAUGGAGGAUCAAAUGUCCGCGGGCUCUUCUGAAUCAGCAGAGUCCACUGCAUACUGGAUAGAAUGGUUUCAGUCGUUGAAAGGAAAUGAAUUCUACUGUGAUGUUGAUGAAGAUUAUAUCCUCGACCGAUUCAACUUGACGGGGUUAAACACGGAAGUACAGCACUACGCACUAGCGUUCGAUAUGAUCACCGAUGCACUAGAAGAGGACUUGGAUGACGAUAUGCGGGCGGAAGUGGAAAAGUCGGCGCGACAUCUUUAUGGCCUCAUUCAUGCUCGUUUUAUCCUUACCGCCCGCGGACUCACAAAGAUGCAGGAAAAGUUUCGCCAUGCAGAAUUUGGUCGGUGCCCACGAGUUCUGUGUGACAACCAGCCAGUGCUCCCUGUUGGGCUAUGGGAUGUGGCUGGAGUGAAGUGUGUCAAGCUGUAUUGUCCGCGCUGUGAGGAUGUCUACAACCCGAUAUCGAGACGGCAUCUUGCGAUUGAUGGUGCACAUUUUGGUACAACGUUCCCUCACCUACUGCUACAAGCAUACCCAAAUCUGAUGCCUGCUAAAACUCCGAAGAGAUACGUUCCGAAAAUUUUUGGAUUCAAGGUCCAUCACAUCGCUAACGAGCACAGGAAGCAAGACCAGUUGAAGGAGCAAAUGCAGCAACGUCUUCAUCAAGCGCAGGUCAACGAAUGAAAUGCCUUUCCCGCGAACCGUGCACGUAGGUCGUCGAGAGCAGUGACUGAUUAAUGCACGAGUGGACCGGACAAAUGAAAAGGCGCAGACGAAUGUGGAUGGGUUUAGCAGGUGCUGAGAUGUCUUUGUAGGGCAGAGGUCAUUGCGUCGUUGAGACUCGGUCAGCUGUAAAGCUUGUCGUUGGGCAAAAAGUGCUUUUCAUCCCAGCAUCAGGCUGGAUCUGUUCAUUAUAAUCCCGUGUAUAUAUUGACGCGUAUUAAUUAGACUCCAAAGUACCACUUAUCCGUGUUGAAAACUUGUUAUGGCCCAUGGAACUUUGGUACGGAGUGUGAUAUAAACCGAUUAAUUCUAUUACGUUACAGUACUAUGGCAAAAAGUAUACAAACGAAUAAACUGCUAGACAUGCACAGCC